GCUCCACAAUCAAGGCUUUCAGCUUUUCCAUCACCCCUGGAUAUAAGCCGAGAGACACACCCAACAAAAUCCAGGUGUGGUUGCCAUGAGUUCACCUGGCAUAGGCGGGACAGGGCUACCAUUAAAGGAAUAGCACCCUCAAGGCACUGAGAUUUGUUCAUACUUUCUUUUGCCACGCUUUGGAGGCUGAGUGCAUCAGAGAAAAGAGCUGCCACUGAGUUUAGGUCGUUAUGCACAUGAGACUUCUCCAUAGAUGAAUCAGGACCCAACCAAAAUUUACAGGUAUUGGCAAAAUUGGAAUCUGACACAACAUAAAGACAGGAAGACUUAAUAGCUGCAGGAUGUCAAAGGUCAUCCCAAACCAUGUGAUACGGGUUGGGCAGACAGUGUGUGUUUCACCCAAGGAAGAACAUACCUGUUUACAGCACCCAAAUGAUGGUUUGUCCUGUCACACCUUGCCAAUGCAGUGUUUUUAUUAUACAGUGGAAGGCUGGGAUAGGAAGAACUUGUUGGCUGAAACCCAAGGAUAUUCAUUGCCUAAGAAAUCUGUUAAAUCUACUGAAAUAGCCACAUCUGUGUCCUCUCAACAUUGUGAGGACAAAUGUCAGCAGGAGGAACCAAUGGAGCCACGUGAGGACAGCUAUCCAGUCUCUCCUACUUUGGAUAUAUCUAUUGAGAAUUUGAACCGCUUGAUCUUGGAAAUUGACCCGACUUUCAAGCCACUCCAACAGCCAGCCCAGGCAGAGAGUCCCCUCCAAGCUGUUCCACAAAGCAACACCAGGGUGAUAGCAAAGCAUGAACUAGAUUCAUCAGACAUAAAAUAUAUUGAAAUGUCACCAGGAAAAACCAAGUAUCAAGAGUCUUGGCAGAAGUCAGGAAGUCCUUCCAGCACUCCAUUUUCUGUGUCUUCCCCAAACUGGGGCCGUUCAUUUCCACUUGGAGGCAACCUCGGAUAUAAUUGUGACACUAUUGGUUAUAUUUCUGGAAGCCCACAGCGUUUCUCCCCCACAGGAAGACAGUCACCAACUUGCAUCCAAGUGUCAGAGAGUAUCUCCAUUCCACAACAAGAUCAGAAGAACUUUGCAUCCUGUGGCUCAAAUUCUUCCCUAGCUUCCUCCCCAGGCAUUGAGAAUGUAUUGAAGUUGUCACAGCUCAGGAGGAUAGCACAGCGGUGCAGUGAGGCAUCUGUGCUUUCAACAAGUCCUGGGUCGGACACCAGUUACGUUCUUGGAAGCAACAGCAUCCAAUCAUUGUCCAACAAUGAGCCUGACACACCUCCAACUAGGUCAAUGGGAAGCCCCUCCUCUGUUGAAUCCUUGCCAGGCUGUUAUGUUACAUCCAACAGAACAGGUUCUUCCUUCCCCACAGCCACAUGCUCCCAGAAAGAUAAUUUUCCUCUAACUCAGCCAUACCAGAAAGGACAGACCCACAGCUACUCCUCUUCAUCUGUUACAAAUUCCCCACUCCCAAUCCCUAUAGUGCUCAUUAAUGGUCGCCUGGAAGACACUGAGACUGUUACUCAAUUGUCCAGAGGUUGCUCCAGUUCCUUCAAAUAUAAGAUGCCUCAGGCCAAUUCCAGCACUUUUUCAGGAGUUAAUGGUUUGAACAACCCCUGUUCUGAGAGCUCAAGGUCCUCCACUUCAUCUCUGGAUGGGUAUUCCAAAGAAGCCCAGACAACUAUGAAGUUUGUGAUGGACACCUCUAAAUAUUGGUUCAAACCCAGCAUCACAAGGGACCAAGCUAUCCUGCUGCUAAUGGAUGAACCGCCAGGUACAUUUAUUAUGAGGGACAGCACAUCUUAUCCUGGCUCAUUUGGCUUAGCCCUGAAAGUCUUCAGCAGCAAAACAGCGGAAGAUGCUGGUAACCACAUCAGGCACUUCCUCGUUGAGUCUUCUCCCAGAGGAGUGCAUCUCAAGGGAGCUGAAGAAGAGCCCUAUUUUGGAAGUCUUUCAGCAUUUGUAUAUCAACACACCAUUAUGCCAUUAGCACUACCCUGCAAACUGGUCAUUCCUAGCCAAGCUUUCCACAGUGACGAAAAUCCAGCCAUUGGCUCAGAAGCUGCUCUUCUGGUGUCCCAGAAAGCUGCUGUAUGCAAUCUCUUGUACCUGCAUUCAGUGACUAUGGAGACCCUCACUGGCAAAGCAGCCGUUCGGAAAGCUGUAUCUUCCACUUUUGAACAAGAGAUGCUGCCCACGCCCACCAUUGUCCACUUCAAAGUUACUGCACAAGGAAUAACCUUGACUGACAUCCAGAGAAAGAUCUUUUUCAGACGGCACUAUCCAUUGGCUACCAUCAGUUUUUGUGACAUGGAUCCUGAAAAUCGAAAGUGGCAAAAAUUUUCCAAAACUUCAAGAAUCUUUGGUGUUGUUGCCAAGAGCCCAGCAGAUUCUGAAAAUAUUUGCCACCUCUUUGCAGAAUACGAUGCAGUGCAUCCAGCUUCUCACAUAAUUGACUUUAUCAAGAAACUUCUGCUUGAUGCCUAAGGCUGCCGCAGUGCUGAAAUGUCUGUUUCCAGCAAAUCCUUUGCCCUCUGUGCCAAGCAAUGUUAUCUCUUCAAGCUGCAGAUUUUUCAUUCCGAACAGUUUUGAAGCUGCAGAUUGAUCUUCCUCGAUAGAAUGCCAACCAGGAUUGGUGGGUGUCAACCUUCAUAAUCUCCAGACAAAAUAUCAUUGCUGGCUGGGAGUUGAUCUAUCAGGCUGUUUAAUAUCAGCUGUGUGUGUUACAGUAGAAAAGCUGCAGUGAGAAAUGAGAGGACUUUGUGGGAAUGGUUUAACAGAGAACCAGAAGCAUUUUCUUAUGUUCUGUCCUAUCUACAAAUAGGCCAGCUGUGUAAUUUCUGGCCUUCUGUUUUCUCUAGAAUAGUUUUUUACCUGCUUUAUCAGAAACCUAUCCUUCUUCAUGGAUACAUGGAUACAUUUUACAAAUGAUGUUGCCUUUUUUUCUGCAACAACUGCAAGUAUUGGGAAUAAGAUUGCUAACAGUGAUGUAGUAGAUUGUUAACACCAACAUGUUGCCUAUUCCAACAUAUUUUUGAUAUAUAUUAUGUAUUUCACUUCUUCAUUUAUUGUAAUGGCCAAUGGGGAAAUCCAAUAAACUAAUUUUGCAAGCUACUGUUUUACUGAAAUGAAAUGGAAAUUUAAUGAACAUUUUACCCUUAAAAAAAUCCAGAGCAGAAAUCUGUCUUAGCAAUACCUACUGUGACUUCACCAUUAAUUAAUGAAACAACUCUUCAAACUUAUGUCUCCCCACUUUGU